AUGUCACCAUCAAAUAGUAGCGGUGAAACUAUUCACAUCACUGUCAGCGGUUACGCUAAAACGAGAUGGAUAAAAAAAGGAUAUCCGCGUGAUAGCGAACGCGCCAUAUGUCGCGCGUAUCGCUCAUAUUUGUCAUCCCGUUCAUAUGUGCUGGGCACAUGUGCCAGCAGUUCGUGCAUGGAUUGGAGUGCAGGUGAAUAUUCGUAUACGUUUCACGUAAUACUGCCAGAAAAUUUGCCAACAGCGUUCGAUGGCAAAUACGGACAAAUACGCUACGAAAUCAUAACGACUAUCGAACGACCCAGCCGGCAUCCAAAAGUCUUUAAACUGCCGUUCACUGUAAUACAACCGUUGAAUUUGAAUGAGGAUGCUAUAUAUAGGAUACCAUUAGAUAUACUCAAUCGCAAACGUUUUUGGAGCUUUUGUUGCCCAACUGGACCAUUAACUGUGAAAUUCUCAACGCCCUAUUGUGGCUAUGCACCCGGCCAAAAAAUACAUUUCGUCCUUUAUAUAAAUAACGAAUCAUCAAUCGAUAUAACCGAAUGCGAAGUCAAAUUAAAACAAGAAGUCAUCUACGAAUCACACGAUCCACAACAUGAAUUUCGUUAUGACAAAAAUUUAAUAGCGCGCAAGCAAUUUGGCAAUGUUUUACGUUGGAGUCGGAAAGUGUAUCGCGGUUGGUUGGAUUUACCAUCCAUAGCACCAACAUCGGCUAGAACAACUUGUCCCAUAUCUGUGAAUUAUUUAAUUAAAAUCAUUAUAAAGCCGACUGAAUUUCAUUGGAAGUUGAAGCUUAAAGUACCUAUAACAAUUGGUAGUAUACCAAUUAUGGACAAUCCUAUGACCAUUAAUGAGACGUUAUUACAUAUACAAAUGUCAACGCGCACAAAUAAUAAUAGUUAUGUUAGUGGUGAACCAUCACCCACUUCAUUGCGACAACAACAGGAGCAACAUGAAAGUCGAGCCACGCCUGCCAUACUAGUAACGGAUGGAGACAAUCCACCGGAUUAUAUACCUAUGAGUAAGUAA